AUGGCGGAUACAAUAGACACGGCCAAGCUGGCCUUGAUCUCCCAGGGCGCCGCGUACGGCAUGCUCAUUGGUUUGAGCGUUGUCUUCUGCGGCGUCAUUCUGCUCGCUGUGAAGGUCCAGAAAGCUUACUUGGCUGAAGAUUCUGGUAAAUCCGAAAUGUUCAUGGUCGCAAAUCGAACCGUGGGUCGUGGAUUAACAGCCAGUGCCGUUUUCUCAUCUUGGAUGUGGAUUAAUGAGACGGUGCUAUGUGCCAGUAUGUGCUACCGGUACGGUUUGGCUGUGCCUCUGUGGUGGGGAUCUGGCCUGUGCUUCCAGAUUGCCUUGAUGGCAGCACUCGGUGUGAUGGCCAAGAUUCGAGUUCCCUAUGCGCACACUUCUCUCGAAGUAGUCCGCAUGCGCUAUGGCAAGAUUGGGCAUCUGAUCUUCAUCGUGCUCAAUCUUGUAAACAAUGUUUUCGGUUGCGCAUCUAUGAUCAUGACCGGCUCACAACUGAUCCACGGCAUUUCCAACAUGCACUAUGUGGCAGCGACUAUUCUGAUUCCUUUGGGAGUGGUGCUCUACACUGCUGUUGGUGGCCUCAAAGCCACAUUCUUGACCGAUUUCUUGCACACAGCUAUCGCGCUUAUCUUGAUCAUUUACUUCACCAUCGCCGUUCUGACAGACUCACAUGUCGGUGGGCUGGGUGGUUUAUACGACAAAGUGGUCGCAACAGCUGCAGACAACUACAUCCCCGAGAACUACCAGGGCUCCCUUCUGACGUUCAAAUCGAAAGGUGCAAUUAUCUGGGGCCUGAUUUUGAAGUUUGGUAACCUGGCCCUUGUUGUCAUGGACACCGCGUUCUGGCAGAAGUCCUUCGCAACGGAGGUAAAGGCGACUGUGCCAGGAUAUAAUAUUGCUGCAUUGGCCGUCUUUGGCAUUCCAUGGGGACUGGGAACUGUGAUUGGAUUGACUGCGCGCGCGAUCCAUCAGACCCCCAUCUUCCCAACGUACCCGGGAACGCUCACUGCCACCGAAGUCAGCUCAGGAAUGGUGAUGCCCUAUGUCAUCAAGGCUCUUAUUGGAGACAAGGGAAUCAUUGGAUUCUUCUUCCUUCUGUUCAUGGCAUUGACCUCGACUAUCUCAUCAUCGAUGAUCGCCGUCAGCAGCAUUCUCUCCUAUGAUAUCUACAAGACCUACAUGAACCCCAAAGUGACAGACAAGCAGCUUGUGCGAGUCAGCCACCUGACUGUGGUAAUCCACGGUGUCUUCAUCACAGGAAUCUCCAUCGCAUUGAACUACGGAGGUGCCAACAUGACAUGGAUCGGUUAUCUGAGACCAAUUAUCUCAUGUCCUGGAAUUUUGCCGUUGAUUUUCACUCUAUUCUGGUCAAGGCAAACUCGACUCGCCGCAAUCGUGUCUCCUGUUCUCGGCUUUUUCACGGGUCUCGCAGUUUGGCUCGCAACAACGAAGUCGAUGUACGGCCAUAUCAACAUCACGACAACCACGAACAAUUAUCCAGCCCUCUACGCGGCAAUCGCGUCGUUCUUCUCACCCGCCUUGUAUUCUGUCAUUCUAUCGUUGUACAAGCCGUAUCAGUUUGACUGGCGAGAGUUCCUGCGCAUUGAAUUGGCCGAUGAGGCACAAAUUCAUCCAUCCUCCGAUACGAGCACAUUGAACGAAAGCGGCGAGGAAGAUAAUUCACAGGACCCUAAAGUUGUGUCUGGCUCGGUCAAGCCAGUCUCAAAUGCGCCUUCUGAGACAGCCAGGAAUGAUCCUGAAAAGGUCCCGGGAGAUAGUGAAAAGGCACCGCCCACCUCAGCUGCUCGUGGCAUUGAGCUCAGCUUGGAUGACAUUCGUCAUCCAUUUGAUGAAGCCACGCUGAAAGAACUGCACAGAUGGCUCAAGAUUGCAUGGUAUAUGUUUGUUGCAGUUGUACUGGUGACUUUUGUCGCCUGGCCCCUUCCACUCUACCGCGAUUAUAUCUUCACAAAAUCAUUCUUUGGAGGUUGGGUGACCGUGGCUAUUAUUUGGCAGUUUGCCGCGUUUGCUGCGGUCGUGAUCUACCCGCUUUACGACGGAAGGCAUGAUAUCGCAACGGGCGCGAAGGGUGUAUGGAGCUCAUCGAAGGAGUAUCUCCGGGUAAAAAAGACCAACUAG